AUGACAGAACUGCGUAACACCAUCUACGAGCACUUUAUCAACCUCGAAGCAGACCCAUGUGUUGCUAAUGCCACCAAACUACUCUGGAUCAACCGGAAAAUUCGCGCUGAAUUUGGAUCGUUGUACCUGAGUCAAGGCAAUGCCACAGUUUGCUCCGAAGACAUCGCCAGCUUCCUCCGCGCAUUCAUUCUACCCCCUGCGAACUUGGUUCGUGAGGAAGUUGCUUGCAGGAUCCGCGUGGAGCUUUGCAAAUGCGACGCCGAAUGCGAAUUUUGGCAACUCGACUUGAUUGAGGUUGUCUCGAUCAUGCGACAUUUUCCUCUGCUCAGCAUUGAAUGGAACUUGGUCCCACCUGGCUACUCCAAGGCGUACGAUCACAAAAAUGGGAUUACCGUUGUAUCUAUUCUGCAGAACAUGGAUAGACAAGAGUUUGAGAAGCUGUCUUCUUUCUAUCUUCUGUUUGAUGAUGAGUCGCUUGGCGGAGACCUUGACAUUACCCUCAAAGAAUUGCGCAACGCCGUCUACGAGUACUUCAUCGACCUCGACCCAUCUCUCGAACAGAGUAUCCAGUUCCUCCAAGUCAAUCGGCAGAUUCGCUCCGAAUUUGGGUCACUAUACCUGAGCCAGGGCAACGCUACAGUACCUCUUGAUUGCGUCAUACUCUUCCUACGCGACACUUUCCAGCCUAUCGCUAGCCAGAGACCAAGGGACUUCACUUGCAGCUUCCGUGUAAAGCUUGACUGGAACGAUCUCUGUUGGCACAGGAGCUUCUGGGACCUCGACCUCGUUGAAAUCGUCGCAUUCAUGCGUGGAUAUCCUUUACUCAACAUUGAGUGGGACCUGGACCCUUUCAACCGGUGUAGUCGCUUUAAUCACUCCAACCGCCCUACCCACUCCGGCCGCUGCGGCCGCUCCGACGCACCUGAAGAAGAAGAAGGAACCGAAGUUGACGAAAAAGACCAAGACCAAGACCAAGACGAACCUGAUGAGGCAAGAUCUGAGGAAGCACAACCUGAGGAGUCAGAAUCGGAGGAAGCAGACUCUGAGGAAGAAGAGAUAGCGAUUCCGCCUCAUUCUGCUCGAGUCACUUUCAGUGUUGACGAUAUAAACAUCGACGCGCCCCUGUCAAUACUCAGAACACUAGAGGAUGAGUUGUACGCGAAGUUGGCUGCUAUUGAUCUCUCCUUGUCUGACAGGCCCCCUCAACCCGAUAGGAACAGUGCCGGGCUAGUAACCUAUCUUGAUGUCACUCUGAUGGCGAACUGUACGGAACAAGACUUCGAAGAUUUUGGACUUGGUAUUGAAUGCGGAGGUAUCAAAGUGCGUUUUCACAUUGCGCAUGAGCCAGAAAGCGAAUACAAUGUCUCCGAGAGUGAGGAAGAUGAGUAG